CUCAAUUCCAGGCUGCACAGCUGUACUGGGGCUUUUUCUGGGUUUUGGAUUCUAAACAUCUUUCAAUAUGAGUUACGGCGUCAAAGGAGCCUCAAAGGGCAGCGGUGGUAGAGUUAGCAUAGGUGGUGGCAGCACAAGUGGCGGAACUUGUGUUAGUGGCGGAGGCAUUAGUGGCGGAACUGGUGGUGGUGGUGGUGGAGGCAUUAGUGGUGGAAGUAUUGGUGGUGGUGGAGGUAUCAGCAGUGGAGGCAGUGGAAGUAUCAAAAUUAGAGGCUCAUCCUCAGGAUCCUCAAGAGGAUAUUCUGGAAGAAGCAGUGGUGGAGGUUCCAGGACUUAUGGUGGAGGCGGUGGAUUCAGCAGUGGCAGCACUGGAAGAAUAAGCAGAGGAAGAAUAUGCUACGGUGGUAGCACCUAUGGUAGCGGAAGCAGCUAUGGUGGUGGAGCCGGCUAUGGUGGUGGACUAGGUUAUGGUGGUGGACUUGGCUAUGGUGGUGGUGGUGGUUACAGCAUGGGUGGUGGUGGCCUUGGCGGUGGCUUUGGUGGAGGUAGCAUGGGUGGUGGAGGAUUCAGUAGCGGUAGUUUUGGUGGAGCUAGCUAUGGUGAUGGGGGGCUCCUUUCCAGCAAUGAAAAGUCAACCAUGCAGAACCUUAACGACCGCCUGGCUUCUUACAUGGACAAGGUAAAAGGCCUGGAAGACGAAAAUAAUCAGCUGGAGAUCUUAAUCCGAGAGUGGUACCAGAAGCAUGGACAUACUGAAGGCCCAAGGGACUACAGUGGCUAUUAUCAACAAAUCGAUCAGCUCUACAAUGAGCUGGUUGCUGAAACCAAUGAUUAUAACAAAAUUCUGCUGAACAUUGAUAAUACCAGGAUGACUGCUGAAGAUUUUAAGCUGAAGUACCAAACCGAAUGUGGUCUCCGUCAGAACGUGGAGGCCGAUAUCAAUGGAUUGCGCCCUCUCUUGGAUCAGCUGACCCUUGCCAAGUCUGACCUGGAGAUGCAGUUUGAGUCCCUUAAAGAAGAACUGAUCUGCCUCAAGAAGAACCAUGAGGAGACUCUGAGGGGACUGCAACACCAAUCUGGUGGUGAUGUCAAUGUGGAGGUGAAUGCUGCUCCUGGCCUAGAUCUGAAACAACGUCUCGACCAGCUCAGGUGUGAAUAUGAAAACAUCAUUGACCAAAACCGCAGAGAUGUGGAAAACUGGUACGAAACCAAGAUGGAGGAGGUCCGCCAGCAGGUCACUUCAAGUGGUCAGGAGGUCGACAGCACCACUCAGCAAGUUUCAGAGCUGAGACGAGAGUAUCAGACUCUGGAGAUAGAGCUACAAUCCCAGCUCAGCAUGAUCCAGUCUUUGCAAAACAACUUGGACGACACGGAACGUCGGUACAAUUUGCAGCUUCAACAGAUCCAGGCCCUGAUUGAGCCAGUGGAAGGAGAACUGGCCAGCAUCCGAUGCGAGAUGGAGAGCCAAAACCAGGAGUACCAAUUGCUCCUGGGCAUCAAGACGCGCCUGGAACAGGAGAUUGCUCAGUACCGCCGACUGCUUGAGGAAGGACAACAAGAAAUCGGAUCUGGUGGAGGCGGAUACGGAAUUUCAUCUGGAGGAGGAUAUGGAGGUGGCAGAAGUGGUAGCCUUGGAGGAGGAGGAAGCAUUGGAGGAGGCAGAAUAGGUGGAGGUGGCAUCAGUGGAGGAAGUAUCGGAGGAGGAAGUAUUGGUGGUGGCAGUAUUGGUGGUGGAAGUAUUGGAGGUGGCCGAAUUGGCGGAGGAGGAGUGUCUGGUGGAGGCCUUAGUGGAAGCGGCAUUAGCGGUGGAAGCAUGGGCGGAACUAGCAUCAGUGGAGGAGGCAUGAGUGGAGGAUCAUGCGGUACAAUUGGAGGAGGAGGUGGCCACAUCGGUGGAGGGACAGUUGUUGGAGGAGGAAGUGGAGGAGCAUCAAGCUGUCAAAUUGGAGGAGGAUCAGGCGUUAGUUCUUCACGUUCUCAGUCCUACUCCAGUUCACAUUCCUCAGGACACGGAAGGAAAUCCACGGAUUAAUCAGCUGCCAUAUGAAUGUGCUCUGACCCCAAACCCUACAAGUAGUUCUGCUGAUAAAGAAAGAGUGUGGUUGCUGACGUUCUCUACAAUGCAAAGCCACAAAAGAGGCAGGAUUCCCUUCACCAGCUACCUGACUCUACCUUCACUGUUUCUUUAUUGCAGCGGCUUCUGUCAAUUCCCCAACCUGCUAGGUUCUUCGGUUCGUCAAUGCUCUUUCUAGCAGAACGUCCUUUCGCUCUACUUUGUUACGUAGAAUGGCUGACUGCUUGGCCUUCUAAUGUUGAUGAGGGUUGUCUAAUAAAGCUCUAUUACUGCUUGAAGCAAUCAGAAAA